AGAAACAUUCUGUUCACGUGAAUAUCAAUAAAGAUUUGUCACUUUGAAGCAUCAUGGCGGCUUACACGACACCAGCAGCUUAUGGACGCUUACUUAAAGUUUUAUUAAAUGACACUGCAAAUACUUUCAUACGUUCUCGACUCAAAUCAGAUUACAGAUAUUGGCGCAAAUCCUUUUAUUGCUCGGAUUCCUUUGCGGUCCCCGGUGUCCCCAUAAAGGACCACUAUGAUCGGCUGGUCCAGAGUGGAUGUUUGCGGAGAGACACGCAACAGAGACUUGUGCUCCUUCAAAUGGCGCAGCUGCAGGAUGCUCUGAUGGACUACAGCAACAGCAUGUACCACAGUCCACCUGCUGCUUCUGCGAAGGAUUCACAAGAUGAAGGGAAAGACUUCACUACAGGAUCACUGGCUCCUAAAAAGGAAGAACCCACUCAGCUGCCUCCACCCCCCAAAGGCUUCUAUAUCUAUGGAGAUGUGGGUUCAGGAAAAACUAUGCUGAUGGACUUGUUCUAUUCCCAUGUCCAAAAUCAACAGAAAAAGAGGGUGCAUUUCAACGACUUCAUGUUGGCCAUCCACAGAAGGAUCCAUCGGAGGAAACAAAGCCUGCCAAAAAGAGGGCUCGGGAAAAUGUUCACCUACGACCCCAUAGCACCGGUCGCCAUGGAGAUCGGUGCCGAAACCUGCCUCCUGUGUUUCGAUGAGUUUCAGGUGACCGAUAUCGCAGACGCCAUGAUCCUGAAGCAGCUGUUCCAGACAUUGUUCACAACAGGAGUGGUGGUGGUGGCAACAUCCAACAGAGCUCCUGAUGAUCUGUACAAAAACGGACUUCAGAGAGACACGUUCCUGCCUUUCAUCGACAUGCUCAAGAAGCACUGCCACACCAUCCACCUGGACACUGGGACUGACUAUCGGACACUGGACAUGGAAACCGCAGGGAAACUCUACUAUCUCACUCAGGAGGCUGGGUCUGAGGCCUUCUUAGACAUGCUGUUUGACGAGCUGGCCUUGCAGCAAAAGAGUGCUAUAGUGCCUCGAGUGCUCAAUGUCCAGGGCAGAGAGGUGACUCUGAGGAAGACCUGUGGCUCUGUUGCUGACUGCACAUUUGAAGAGCUGUGUGAAAAACCUCUAGGAGCCGGUGACUACCUGGAGAUAGCCAGGUCAUUUGACACAGUCUUCAUUCGUCAUGUUCCUAUUAUGACCUUGGAUCUGAAGGAUGAGGCCAAGCGCUUCACCACACUCAUAGACAACUUCUAUGAUCGAAAGGUGAGAGUGGUGAUACAAGCUGCUGCUCCUUUACAUAAACUCUUUGUCCGAACUGGUGGAAACGAAAGAGACCGACAACUACUGGACGAUCUGGGACUGAGUGAUAAAGCAGGUGAACAUCUGUCUCUGUUCACUGCAGAAGAGGAGAUUUUUGCCUUCAGUCGAACAGUGUCCAGGUUGAUGGAGAUGCAGACGGAGAAGUACUGGACUGAGGGAGACCGCAGGCACAGCAAGAAACAAGCAAACCCUUAAAAACGUAUGAACAGGCAAGGUAUAUUACCUCUAUGCAACCAAGUACCUCUAUAGAGAGUUUGUUUUACUUUCUGCUUAAACUGGGCCCAUCUUGGUGUUGCAAUACCGCUCCCUUGUGGACUCUAUGCUGGUGUGUCGUUAAAGGUUUUUGAAGAAAACUCAACUGGUGCAGCAGACUGGUAAAGAGCUGUGCUUCAGAUUAGCUAGCCAAUGCCAUCUUGUGGAGAGAUAUGGAAAUGACACAUAAAUGCAUAAAUGAUUACUAUUAUUUUAUAGUCUACUUAUUAUAUAGUCUACUAGAGUCAAGCAUACUGUGACAAAACGUUUCAAUUUAAAUCUGUAUAGAGUUUUUUUUAUAUUUUGUUACAAGAAUUGUACUAGUUGUGCAAUAGUAUCUUUUAAGUGGUUAAUAGUAUCUUUUAAGUUGUUAUUUUUACUGUAAUUUCUCACUCAUCUUUAUUUUAAAUUUUUGUUUUGCUUUUUCUCAUUUGAAUGAGAAAUCAUGGUGUCUUUUGUCUUGGUCGGUAAAACAAGAUAGUAAUGUGACAGUACUUGAGUUGGUCUGUAGGUGGGAGCAGAGGGCCUUCUAUUGCCACAGAUUGGUCACUGCAUCGAUCCAAAGAUGAGGUCAUUCUAGUGCACCAUUGAAGGCUGUUCUCACUACAGAGAAAGCAAGGCAGCCUCAGUACCAGCAUCUCAGUUAUGGUGAUGUAAUGGUUUUCUUAAUAUUUGAAAUGAAAUAAGAUACAUGCAUGAGCUACUUUUGGGUGCAUUUGAGGUAAAUGCAGAUGAGGAGGCAUGGAGAUUUCAUGCAAGUGUGCUGGUUUCAAAUGAGAUCAAAUGAAUAAAGAUGUUUAAGUAAGAGAAUCCUGC